UUAAUGGACUAUCAGUAGCUUUAACAAACAUAAAGCAUCUAUAGUCAUAUCAGACCAAGAACUGGAACUUUGUUGAAAUUCACGCCAGAACGUGAAAUACGGAAGUACAUGUACGGUACUGUCUGGUCCCCCUGGCCGUGUCUGCAGCGUCAGUUGUGGGAGUUGACGGACGGACGCUCCUGCCAGCUGACUCCACUUUGGGUCGUCACGCAACCUCGACCGAUAACUUUACUAAGUGUUGUUGAAGUGUCCUUUUGCUAACAGAAAAUGUCUUUUUUUGCCAAGAAAUUGAUUGGUGGCCUAAUUAAUGUAGUCAGCAACAUCGACCCUGCCCAGUUUAUUCCCUCUGACCCACCUCCACCACGUAGACCAGCUGUGUUUGCAGAGCAAGAUGAGUCUGAUGAGGAGAGACAGUUCCGUCGUGUCUUCCAACAACUUGCUGGAGAUGAUAUGGAAGUGAGCCCAGCUGAACUGAUGAACAUCCUAAACAGAAUCAUUGGAAAGCAUGGAGACCUGAAGACAGAUGGUUUCAGCAUUGAGAAUUGUAGGAGCAUGGUGGCGGUCAUGGAUAGUGACAGCACCGGAAAACUUGGCUUUCACGAAUUCAAAUACCUCUGGAAUAACAUCAAAAAAUGGCAGGCAAUGUACAAGGCUUACGACAGAGAUGGCUCUGGUGUCAUUGGUGCAGAAGAGCUGCCUGAUGCUUUUAGAGCUGCAGGUUUCCCCCUCAAUGAUGACCUGUUCAACAUGAUCAUCCGCAGAUACAGUGAUGAACAGGGGAACAUGGAUUUUGACAAUUACAUUGGCUGCCUUGUGAGACUGGAUGCCAUGUGUCGUGCCUUCAAAACCCUGGAUAAAGACAAUAAUGGGACAAUCAAAGUUAAUAUUCAGGAGUGGCUUCAGUUGACCAUGUAUUCUUGAGUCCAGGUGAUGCCUCUUCCUCCACUUAUUAUACAUAAACCACUUUUCUCUACACAGCAUCAAUCAUGUUUGCAUAAUCUCUACAAAUUUUAAUUAUUCAGCAGAGCCAUUGUGUGUGCAGGUUAGAUUUGAAUUCCGAUACAAUAUGUUGUACUUAAACACUGUUAUCAGGUGGUUUGUUCUUCUAUGUUAAAUGUACAUGCAAGAUUUUGUGACUGUAUAAAAACCAGAAAGCACAGACCUGCACUUACGGAGGAGCCCACAAAAAGCUGAAGGCUCCAGACAAGUAUGUAACACAAAUCAGGUGCAUGAAAACAGGCCUUGUACUUUAACUUUUGGUCUAACCCACAGUGUAAGGUUUGUUUUACAUUUGCUUUUUAUUUGCAUUGUCCCAUCAUGCCAUAACGCCAUGGGAAGAGGAAACUGGGAGAUUUGUGAAAACCUAGUUGAAGCAAAAGCUCUUAUAUCUACUUGGGGCCAGCUUUCACAAAGAUAUGUCAAAUAUGUAUCUUACAGUGUUUUAACGUAAUUCCUGGCUGUCAACUGACCAGUCACAUCCUUGACAACUGCGAUAAUGAAAAGCUUUGCCAUAUUUUUGUGGGAACAAAAGUUGACAGUGUGCAGCACUAGCUAACCUGAGCUGUCAACCUACACUUUUCUCACCUAUUUUCCCUGAGCUUUACAUACUGUAGGUGUGUUCAUGCCGGUUGAUUGAAACGUCUGUCACUAUGGGAGUUAGUUUUGUCCGUAUCAGUACUUUGUAUCUGGGGACCAUGCAAAUUAGCAAAAAAAAAAAAAAAACUCCACUUCACUUCCCCUGGGCUGUGGCCCAAUUGACUUUUUGGUGACUUAAGGCUCAUUUAUGCUCUACAUUUACGAACAUAAAGCGAGCAUGAACGAGCCUUAAACAGGACAUGAUGACCAAAAAAAAAAAAUCAGAAACAUCACAUCAAUCUAAAGAUCGGUGAAGUUAUUUUGAAGGUGAUAUGGUGUCGCUAAACAAAGAUAUGUGUUCAAGAGAAUCCGUGUCAAUCAGUCAGUCUGCACACACCCACACUACGGCUUUCAACACGUUUUAACUCUGUGCACGCUGGAUCUUUGUCACAUUGUCUUUGUGAAAGCAGCCCUUAAUCACCUGACUGAAGUUUUUGCUGACUGAAACAGUAUUGCCAGAUGCCACACUGCAUUGGUUGAGGCUUACAGCAAAAAAAAAAAAAUUGUGGAUGUGUCACUUGCAGUUUUACGUGUAGCGCAGCCUAUUGCAUGCAAAUCAGACACUCCUUUAGUUUAGAAUUGCACUGUGACUUUGUACCCGGUGGAAUUUGUUUUCUACAGUUACAACUGGGGAAUCUAAAAAAAAAAAAUUGAGCCUUAUGUGCAUCUACACAUUAUGCAUCAAUCUGUAAUUAGCACUAUCACAAUAUCUAUAUUUCACUUCUUAUUUCUGUCACAAUUUACAUUAACAUGCUAAGAGGGAAAUUUUUUUUGUGCCAAUAUUGUUUGAAGUGAAACAUGGUCAUACUAGUGUUUUUCUGUUGAUUGCUUAAUGCUCUGUAUGUACUGAAAACGCCUAAACCAAAUAAUGCCAACACAGUGUGUAAACAGAUGAAAAUAUAUACAUACUUAUAUAUAAAAUGUUAAACUAAUGCAUGUAGCCAAUAGUAGAGAUGCCAAGAUUAAAAGUUUAAGUCAUGUAGCCACAAUCAAAGUGUUACUGAAAUGGCUGGUUAGAUUGUAUCUGUGCCAUAUUUGGAA